UUUCGCUCUUCAUGGUGGAGACAUAGACCUGCAGGUGCACGACUAUCAGAACAUGGAAACCUGUUUCUCCACUCAGAGAGUUGGAGUUGUAGGAUAUGGACAUCUAGGGCAGUAUCUGGUGGACAGGAUCCUCAAAGAUGGACCUGAUCUCGGUCUGAUCCUGGGUUUUGUGUGGAACAGGAAUUCUGACAAGCUCACGGGYUCAGUUCCUGCUGAGCUGAUACUGGAGGACCUGUCGUCUUUUGGGAACAGGCGGUGCGAUGUGAUUGUAGAGGUUUGCCAUCCACAGAUCGUGAGAGAAUUUGGAGCCCGUUUUCUGUCCCAAUGUAAUUUUAUGGUGGGCUCACCCUCUGCCCUUUCUGACUCUGAUCUGAAUCAAAAGCUGCGUCAGGCAUCUGUGCAGUAUGGUAGGACACUUUAUGUCCCCAGUGGUGCAUUAUGGGGAGGCCAGGACAUCCAGAGGCUGAAURACAGUGGGACGUUGAAGGCUCUGUUUAUAAGAAUGUCUAAGCAUCCAUCCUGCUUCCGACUUAAAGGAGACGCCCUUGCUGGCUGGGAGGAAGGAGAAGGCAGGCRGGUUUUGUUCAGAGGCUCGGUGGCAGAGCUGUGCCCACUCGCCCCCAACAACGUCAACACCAUGGCRGCGGCGGCGGUGGCAGCAGGAACCCUCGGCUUCGCCGGUGUUCAGGGAGAGAUCGUGUCGGAAACAGAGUUGAAGGACUAUCAUGUGGUGGAGGUGCAGGUGACUGGGUCUGAUGGGUUCUCYGUGCACACAGUCAGGAGGAAUCCAGCCGGACUGGGAGCCGUAACUGGAAGUGCAACUUACCAGUCCUUCUGGAACAGUUUGCUCAGUGAGUCAUUUCACCUAAAUACAGUUUGCAAAGGUCAUGGAGGCAGACUUUACUUGUGCUGAAGAGGAUGAGGAGGUUUACUUUCAGCAUGGGUCGUAGAUCCCCGUCCAAAUUCCACAUAAAUUAAAUGGAUCAUAUUGGACAUGCUGUAUGGACGGUGGUGUUCUGGAGUCUCCUCAAACCCUGCGACCUUCGUGUUUCAAUAAAAUGGAUACACACAACGAAA